UUUAGUUUGCGUCUGAAACAGUCUAAAGGAAAUAACAACGCACGCAUCACACAGUUUAAGCAUAGUCUCUGGACGAAUCGCACGUACGCAAGUACGCUCUGCAAUUUGCAGCUGAUUAUUAAAAAUUUCUUUUAUACUUUAAAAUAACAUUUAAUUUAAAUUUAAUAAUUUAUGUUUAAUUAAAAGUGGUGAAUAAUAUUUAAAUAUCGAUAUCAAAAUGGUUUUAGCUGAAAGAAAUUCGGAAAAUGUAAGAAAUGGUAGACGAUCAAGAGGUCCCAGCCCUAAUCAGUCUGAAUCCUCGAGUGAAGAAGACGGAGUUCCUGCGGAAAAAAUAAGAGUUGGAAGGGACUUUCAAGUGAUUGUCCCAGAAUUUAUUCCAGUAAAUGAACGACGGUUAGAUAAGUGUCCUGAUAGAGCUCUUUUAGUGUGGUCACCAACUACUGAUAUUCCUGAUCAAAAAUUGGAUGAAUACAUAAUAUUAGCUAAAGAAAAAUAUGGAUACAAUGGCGAACAAGCAUUAGGAAUGCUUUUUUGGCAUAAACAUAAUUUAGAAAGAGCAGUUUUAGAUUUAUCAAAUUUUACUCCAUUUCCUGAUGAAUGGACCGUUGAAGAUAAAGUAUUAUUUGAACAAGCAUUUCAAUUUCAUGGAAAAAGUUUUCACCGUAUUCGACAAAUGCUUCCGGAUAAAUCGAUAGCGAGCCUCGUUAAAUAUUAUUACAGUUGGAAAAAAACAAGGUCUAGAACAUCUUUGAUGGAUCGUCAAGCUCGGAAGUUAACGAGUGGAGGAAAAGAUGGUGAAAAUGGCAGCGAAAAUGGCAGUGAAUUAGGAUCAAACACAGACAGUGAAUCCGAGGAAAAAAAAUGGACGAUCCACCGCGGAAUACGCCGUGGAAAAAACCAAACUGUGCCAGGAAGCCAAGGCGCCGACGGCAAAGCUUCUUCUGACUCGGAAAACAUCCCUCAGGUUCAGGGAUCUUGUAGCAACUGCGGUGUUGCUUGUCAUAGCGUUCGUGCAACGCCCAAGGGACACGCGUGUCAUAGCUGCUAUCUGCACUGGAGACGUACGGGUGUCGCGAGGCCGCUGAGUUCCAUGCCGGGUCGUUCAAAUAAAAGAAAACCCCCGCGAGGACUGGUAGUAAAUCAUGACGAUCUUGCUGUCCUGGCUGGCCAGCCUAAUCAGGCAAACAACAGUUUACAGGCUAUCGACACUGAAAUUAUAAGCCUUAAACGACAAAUACAAACUAAUAAACAGCAAGUCAGUGCACUCAAACGUAAAACAGUUGAUGGCAUUGAUGAUUUACGUCCACCUGAAGUUACCAAUCGUAUUAAUGCACGAUGGACUAAUGAUGAGUUACUUUUAGCCGUUCAAGGCGUACGUAAAUAUGGAAAAGAUUUUUCAGCAAUUGCUGAUGUUAUUGGAACUAAAACUGAAGCACACUUAAGAUCAUUUUUUGUAAAUUAUCGACGCCGAUAUAAUCUUGAUGCUGUUUUGAAAGAAUAUGAAGCUGAAAAUGGACCGAUUCUUAUUGAUGAUGAUAAAGAUGAGAAGAUGGAGGUUGAACAAACGCCGAAUAACGAAUCACCCGAAACAUCACAAAGAUCUAAAUCAUCAACUAAUGUUAAUCAGACUGCUAAAUAACAAAUGUCUUAUGUUGUUAAUAUAACGCAGAGUAAUUAAUUAUAUAAAUUAUGAAAUCUAUCAAGAACAGCUAUACUAAUUGCAAAAAAAAACGUUAAUAUUAUAAAUAGUUACUCAUGUAACAGUUUCGAGAUUAUUUUAUUUUAAUUUUAUUUAUAAUUUUUUAACAUCUUAUCUUUUUUUUUUUAAUUCACUUACAAAACUAUAAUUUAAAAUAAUCAUAUUUUGACAAAUAAUUAUUGCUCAAUUAGCGAGAGAUUGAGAUUCAGUUCCCAUAAGUUAACAUAUAGGAUUCGAUUACUUUCCAUGGAAACGAAGAUACUCAAUCUUUCCCUAAUUAAACUAUUCCUAACAUUCUCUAUUUUUUUUUUUUUAAAUUAUUGAGCACUAGAAUUGAUUUCCAUAAUAUGACAUUAAAUAUCUAAAUAAAAGUUCAUAUUUAAAAAAAAAAAAAAUUAGUAAUUGAAUUUAUAUUUAGUUAGUGCGUUCUAAAUCUUCUCUAUAGUUAUUUGUUAGUUAUAUUAUUAGCUUUAUAAGUAAUAUUAGGUGUAUAAAAAAUAUAUUAUUAUGCAUAAGACAAUUAUUAUAUUUAAUUAUACUGAGAAAUUGUACGCUUGGUAAUUAAAUAUAUCAAGCUCAUAAACAAUUUUUACGUAAUUAUCGCAAAUAUUUUAUAAGUAAUAAUUAUUAUAAAUUAAAUAAGCUCGAUUUCAUUUAGUUAUUUAUUACUAAUGUAUUAUUUUUUUCAUAUCUAUUUGAAGUAACUUGAAAAAAAUCUGAAACAGUUCAUUAAAUACUUGAUAAUUUUUUUUUUUUAUUGUAAAAUUUAAAAUUAGUAAGUUAAUAACUAAACAUAUAAUUAAUUAUAACCACUAUAAUGCAAAAAUAAAUCAGAUUAAUCUAUAUUAUUUAUAAUAAUUAACAUUAUUC